GCUUCAGUGGUGACAGGUUGUCCAGCUUCUUACUGCCAUCUUCACUAAAAGGAAGGUUAACGCCUUUUCCGCCCCCGAUGGACACCAAGCCCUUUCAGUUCCAAAGGACCUGAAGGAGUACCAUUUCUUUGGUGGUUUUAAUCUUGUACUUUCAGGAAUCGUUGUCAACGUCAUUGUGUGCCAGGGUUGGAUUUCCACAUCUGGUCAACUUUUUAAAAGCAUGCAAGACAAUACUUCAGAAUCUUCGACUUCCAUUACUCAACUUCUGCGAGAGAGCUAUUUAGCUGAAAACAGCCAUCAAGGAAAUAGUGAAAGAAGUAGAUCAGAGCCAUCUCCACAUUCGUUCCAUUGUGGCGGUAUUGGGGGGACUCCAGAAGAAGUGGCUUGCCAAGAUGACCUUCCAGAUCUUUCUGCCUUUCUGAGCCAAGAAGAACUGGAUGAAAGUGUGAACCUGGCAAGGCAGGCAAUCAGUCAAGAUCACCUUGACAGCAAGCAGGACGAACAGCAUACCCAUGUGUUUUAUCCCUCUGAGUUGAAAAAAACUGUUCCAAACAAACAACAGUUCCAGUCUAUGGAUUCAUCCGCGUCUGAUAACGGCCUUCUUCACUCCACUUUUGGUGAGGAGCACACCAGAGACACUACAAGUCCCCAGGAAGGCUCUCAGGAUCUAAAGAAACAGCAGUUCGGUUCAGAGGCAGAAUCCAAAAAGGAAUUCCUCAACAAGGCCGCAGAUUUUAUUGAGGAGCUUUCUUCACUUUUCAAAGCACACAAUUCAAAAAGGAUCAGACCGAAGUCAUGCAAAAACUACAGGAGUAAACUUGAAUCUAAAAAUAAAGCUACCCAAGACAAUAGCUCUGGUUUCUCGAAUUUGUCUGAAAACCGAGAAAGGCCUUGUGUUCCUAUACCUCAAGAUUUAGAUAAAGCUGAGCCCUCACAUGACAACCCAGAUAAUCCUCAGCAAGCAGACUUGGAAACUGUAAAUAAAUUAGGAAUUUCAGGGUUAACAGCAGAGUCGGCUGAACCUUUUUAUUCUGAGGGACCUAUAGGCCAACCACCGCAUUUUACUCAAAAACUGAAGAGCAGAGAGGUACCUGAAGGAACCAAAGUACAGUUGGACUGCAUUGUGGUAGGAAUCCCAUCACCUGAAGUCAGGUGGUACUGUGAAGGGAAAGAGCUCGAAAACUCACCAGAUAUUCACAUCAUCAAGUCAGGAAACCUCCAUUCACUGGUCAUUGUUGAAGCUUUUGAAGAAGACACCGGGCGUUAUUCUUGCUUUGCUUCUAAUAUCUAUGGAACAGAUUCAACUUCUGCAGAAAUUUAUGUAGAAGGAGCCUCAUCUUCUGAAUCUGAAAGCGACACCAGCAAAGAAGAAAUGGAUCAGUAUCAAAACCCACUCAAUGUCUCUUCAAAUGUGCUACCACCUCCUGUUAAUGUUACAGUCUCACAUCAAGAAGCACCCAAUCCUCCACCUUCUGUGGUAAAUCCUGUGUCAAUACCAGUCCACCAUAGUCAAAGCCCCACAAACUAUUUACAAGGACUAGAUGGAAGACCCAUAAUAGCUGCACCAGUGUUUACAAAGAUGCUACAGGACAUAUCAGCCUCUGAGGGUCAGCUGGUUGUAUUUGAAUGCCGAGUGAAAGGAGCCCCUUCUCCAAAGGUUGAGUGGUAUAGAGAAGGGACAUUGAUAGAAGACUCUCCAGACUUCAGAAUAUUACAGAAAAAACCGCGGUCUAUGGCUGAACCAGAGGAGAUCUGCACGUUGGUUAUUGCUGAAGUGUUUUCAGAAGAUUCUGGAAGUUUUACGUGUACAGCAAGCAAUAAAUAUGGGACGGUCUCCAGUAUGGCUCAACUAACCGUAAAGGGACCCGAGGACCAGAAUAAUAAUGCUGCUCUUCACACUAUAAAUUCAAUAAAUGUAGUUGCUGUGGAACAUCAGCCUUCUGCAGCUCUCCCUACAAUUCCAGUGGUGGAUCAGCUUCCAAAACCUAAACUGGAAAGUGUUCUUGUGAACCACAGUGAGCCCCGGUCAAGUUCCAAGAUAGGCCUCCACGUGCACUUUAAGUUGCCGGAAGAUGAUAAAGGAAGUGAAACGUCAUCAGAAGAUGGAGGAGGUCCUGCGAAUCAGAUCCGACCAAACUCCUUCCCAGAUAAGAUUAAUGGGCAGGUGGUGAAAACACAAGAACCAACCUCACCUUCCAAAGAGCCACCUCCAGUAUUAGCUAAACCAAAACUGGAUCCUACAAAGUUAAAACAACUGCACAACCAGGUCUUGCUUGAGCAGCAACAGCAGCCAUCUCCCACGCCUCCAAGAGAGCCUCUGGUCAAUGUUGGCACUCUGAACUCUGCUGCUUCGCCCAGUCAGCAACAAUCUUCAAGUACAUACAAGCAGAACAAAGGCUCUCCGUCACAGACAUUCACCUACACCCGGCCUAAACAAUUCCUGGUAUCUCAGAACACCUCUUCAACGGUCAGUUCACUUUCUAGCUCCCCCAUGCCUUCAUCAUUCAGCAACAUAUCUCAAGGAAUCCAAAGAACAAGCAACAAGGAAAACUUCUUUGGAUCUCCUCCACAGGUCCAGUCAAGGUCUCCAGGGGUUUUUUCAAACCAACUUGAGCAAUCUUUAACAAGUCCCAAAGAACCUGUGUUACCACCACUGUUGCUUUCUGUAUCUAGUAUGAACCAAUUCCAGCCCCAAAAUGUGCCUCCUACACCUCUCUCUCCAACUGGUCGGAUUCAGAAUCCAGUAGCCUUUCUCAGUGCUGUCCUUCCUUCUCUUCCUUCUGUACCCCCAACAAAUGCCAUGGGCCUACCCAAAAGUGCACCAGCAGCGGGAAACCAGGGAGCAGUGAAGAAAAAUCCCAGACCCUCGCAGUUGGCGACAGAGGAGUCAAUUAGAGAUAGCAAAGCUGCUGUUGUUAAAGAUCUGGAGAGAAGACUGCACUUAAGAGAUGAUAUGUUUCCACGUGGCCCUCAGAGAACAACAUAUGAUGAAAAUCUGGGUCGCAGUCUUCAGGGACCAACCAAUGAUAUCCCAAUCUACAAUUAUCCAGCUCAGGAUGUAUCCAAGGAAUACAAGAUUUCCAGCUUUGAGCAGAGGUUGAUGAAUGAAAUAGAGUUUCGCCUGGAACGUACCCCAGUGGAUGAAUCAGAUGAUGAAAUCCAGCAUGACGAGAUUCCGACGGGCAAGUGCAUUGCCCCAAUCUUCGACAAGAGACUCAAACAUUUUCGGGUCUUGGAAGGGUAUCCUGCCACGUUCACUUGCAAAAUUGUUGGAAUCCCUAUACCUAAGGUAUAUUGGUUUAAAGAUGGCAAGCAGAUUUCAAAGAAAAAUGAGCAUUUCAAAAUGAGCAGAGAGGGUGAUGGGACAUGCUCUUUACAUAUUGAAGUGACUACAAAUGACGAUGAUGGAAACUAUACAUUCAUGGCUGCAAAUCCACAGGGGAGGAUCAGCUGCUCUGGUCACUUGAUGGUGCAGACUCUUCCAAUGCGUGGUAGAUUGACAACAGUUAACCACUCUCACAGGGGAAGGUCCCGUGUACCAGAAGGAGAUAAAGAGCCAAUACAGGAGCGAUUUUUUCGGCCAUAUUUUCUACAGGCUCCUGGGGACAUGGUAGCUCAUGAAGGACGGCUAUGCAGACUGGAUUGCAAGGUGAGUGGCUUACCCCCUCCAGACCUGAUGUGGCUUCUGCACGGGAGGCCCGUGCUGCCGGAUACCACGCACAAGAUGCUGGUCCGAGAGACUGGAGUGCACUCCCUGCUUAUCGAUCCCCUCACACAAAACGAUGCUGGGAUCUACACUUGCAUUGCAACCAACAAAACAGGACAAAAUUCCUUCAGCCUGGAGCUCAGUGUUGUAGCAAAGGAAGUAAAAAAAGCUCCAGUGAUACUGGAGAAGUUACAGAAUUGUGGAGUCCCAGAAGGGCAUCCGGUCCGACUUGAAUGCAGAGUGAUUGGAAUGCCACCCCCAGUCUUUUAUUGGAAAAAGGACAAUGAAACCAUUCCUGCCAACCGAGAAAGAGUGAGCAUGCAUCAAGAUGCUACAGGGUAUGUUUGCCUUCUGAUUCAGCCGACUAAAAAAAUGGAUGCUGGUUGGUACACUUUGUCUGCAAAAAAUGAAGCUGGUAUUGUUUCCUGCACUGCUAGGCUUGAUAUAUAUGCCCAAUGGCAUCAACAGAUCCCUCAGCCAAUAAAGAUUCGCCCUGGUGGCACUCGAUAUGCAAAUCUCACAGGGCAAGGACUCGACAUUUUUUCUGCUUUCUCUGCUGUGGAGAAUCCAGUACGGUUUUCAUCACCAUCCCAGCCUGUGGUGGAAAGUGAAGAACUUUAAAAAAAAAAAAAAAAAAGCCUCUGCUGGUUCCAAUCCUACCUGCGAAGAAACACUAGAACUGUGAAAAAAGAAUGGAAGGUACAAGCCAGGAGACUCAAGGUUUACAAGCAACUUGUAUCUGUUUAGUAAGUGUACUGUUGCUGCAUUCCUGUGAGUAACAUAUAAGACCUUGGUGCAGCAUCGUACUACUGGAUCGUUGUGGUAUGGAUGCAGUGCAAUAUGUUCAGUGCUAUGUUGCUUUUCCCCCAAGUGUUAUACAUGGAAGAGACUUAGCUUUCAACCCCAAAGCGAAGAAAUGCUUUUCUCUUUUUACUGCUUCAAUUUUAAACAGCUAUUGUGCCUAAAACAGGUAAUGGGAAGGAUUCUGUAUGUUUGGUUGAGAGCUAGCAACAGAAGUAUCAACACUGUGAUAAAUUCUGAAAGAGGGUAACCCAUGUGACUUUGAAUGUAAUAUCUUGAAAAGGUGACUGAUGGUCACGAAGCACAAGACAAAUCUAAAUGCUAACACAAAAA